AAAAGAAGUUAGUUUAGAUUUUGAACCUUCUGUUGUGGGUCAAACGUAUUAUGCACUCAUUCACCCUCUACAAAAACAAUCCCCAAAUUCAUCAUUAACGAAACACCUCUCCAUUUUAUACAAUGAAUUCUCCAAACGUUGAAAUCAUCUCAGACUCCUUCAUCAGCCCCAAAUUCCAAUCAGAAGAAUCAAAGAAACCCAUUUACUUGUCGCCAUGGGAUCUCGUCAUGCUUUCUGGAAAUUACAUUCAAAAGGGUCUCCUUUUCUUGUUACCGGAAAAUCAAGAUUUCUCCAUAACCACCUUCUUGGAUGACCUCAAACACUCUCUUUCCGCCACACUUACUCAUUUCCACCCACUCGCCGCCCGUUUAGCCACCGUAAAAAACGAAAACCCGCCUUCUUUAACCGUGUUUCUGAACCCCGAGAAUAGCCCCGGAGCUAGAUUUAUCCAUUCGUCUGUUAAUUUAACCGUGGCGGAUAUCGUUAAACCCACGGACGUGCCGUUGGUUGUUCAGUCGUUUUUCGAUCAUCACCAAGCUGUCAAUAACGACGGUCACGAGCUCUCGUUGCUGUCCGUAAAAGUGACAGAACUUGUAGACGGUAUCUUUAUAGGAUGCUCCGUCAACCAUAUGUUAGUUGAUGGAACCUCGUACUGGCAUUUCAUCAACUCAUGGUCAGAAAUGUUCCAAUCUAAAGGGCAAAACAGUCAUUUAACUCAAAUUUCACGUCCUCCGAUUCUGGACAGAUGGAUUCCGGCAGGAUCCGACCCGAUUGUCACACUCCCGUUUACCCAUGAAGAUGAAUACAUCAAUAGACCAGACCGCCCGAUGUUGAGGGAACGAAUCUUUCACUUCUCGUCGGAUUCGCUUGCUAAACUCAAGGCGAAAGCGAAUUCUGAGUGCGGUACGACAAAGAUUUCCACUUUGCAGUCGCUCUCCGCGGUUGUGUGGAGGUGCGUGACACGUGCCCGGCGGUUUCCGGUAGAUCAAGAAACUGGUUGCAUGAUGGCCGUGAACAACAGGAGCAGACUAUCCCCACCUGUACCUGAAAAUUACUUCGGUAAUAUGAUUCAGACGGUGAAGGCAAUAACAACGGCCGGGGAGUUGCUUGAUCAUCGUGUUGGGUGGGCCGCAUUGCGGUUGCACGAAGCGGUGGGGAGCCAUGGUGAUAAAAACAUUAAGGAAGUGAUGGACGUGUGGAUGAAGAGCCCAUUUGUUGUAAAUCCGAAUGUGCAUUUUGACAAAAAUAGUGUACAUAUGGGGAGUUCACCCCGAUUUGACAUGUAUGGAAACCAAUUUGGAUUGGGGAAAGCAUUGGCGGUUUUGAGUGGGUAUGCUAAUAAGUUUGACGGGAAGGUGACUUCGUAUCCUGGACGAGAGGGGAAAGGAAGCAUUGAUUUGGAAGUCUGUUUGUUGCCCGAAAACAUGGCCGCUUUUGAAUCGGAUGAAGAAUUCAUAAGUAUUGUUAAUGAAUAAUUUAAUAAGUUGAAGGUAUUUCUUUAAAUUUAUUUACUUUUAGGGAAUGAGCUUUACCAAAGGUUUGUUUAAUAAAGCUCCCAUGUAAUCACCCUAUUUCAAGAUUACCUGAUUUUAAGAAUAUUCAUGUUUGUGUGUUUA